AACUAAUGUAGCUUAAAAUCUAUGUCACAAGUACAGAGGAGUCAUUCUUUGCACUCCACUUCAUUUUCUUUGUUCUAUUCCUCAAAUUACAACAUCGAAAAAGAUGUCUCUUCUUGAACAAUUGAAGAAUGUGAAGUUAAAAUCCUCGGGCGUCGAGAGGGAUUUUUCUGGUCCAAAAACGACAGGAUUUUUGUCACAAGGGGAAAUUGACAAAUAUCAGAACUCCGUGUUGGAUGUCAACACAGAGCAGUGGUAUGCUAUCCUCAGGGAUGUCACAUUUGAGACAAUUUAUUGUCCGAUAUAUUACGAUGAAGCUCAGUUGUUCGUGAAAGUUUAUGAAAAAGUUUACAAGGAUGUUGACUCGUCGGAAAUUGCAAGUCGGAAUUGGAGAGAUGCUUUGGGCGCAGAGGAUUUGAAGCUAGUGCAAGAUAUGUCAGACAGACUACAGGAGCAAAUGUUAACUUAUACCCAAGACGGUGGUUCAGCUUUUGUUAAAACCUCCAGUCGGAGUGCGAAGGAUGCUCCUUUGUACCAAGAAAAAAUCAAGCAACUUUAUUUGGAGAAACUACAUUCACACCCCAAAGAACUCCACUGUGAUGAAAACUUGCAAAUAACAUGCUUGCUUGAAGCAGCUUUUGAGGCAAUGAAAGUGACAGAUGCUGGCACUGUUUUGGAUAUGUUUAUGAGAAGUGAAAGAAUCUUUCAGGAUAUGCUACUCGCCACAGAAAAGAAAGACCGUUUUCACGAGAACUUCGUCAUUCGCCAGUACCAUCACAUUGAUGUUGACAUGGAGUUCCGAGGCUUUGUCUUCAACAACAGGCUGACUGCCUUAUCUCAGUAUAAUUACCUCAUCUAUUCUAAGAGACUGGUAAAACAGAAAGAACAUGUACUGAACCUCAUUACCGAGUUCUACAACCAAGAAGUUUUACCCAGGCUGAAGACAGCAAAGUUUGAGAAAGAUUUUAUUAUUGAUUUUGCACUCACCGAUGAAGGAAAAAGAAUCUGGGUAAUAGAGAUCAACCCAUUCAUGGAAACAACAGAUGGCGCACUGUUCGACUGGAACAAGGAACGUAGCAUACUGGAAGGAGGAGAGGCAGAAGAUAUGACAUUCCGUUUAACAACGAGACCAAAGCCAGGGGCCAAGGUUAUGCUACCUGUGGGUGCGAGACAGCUUUUACAGGAAACCUCAUCUACCUCCAGUGUGUGACACAAAUUCAAAUGUGAUGUUAUUUUAAAACUAACUAAAAAUACAGUUGUUGGUCUAGUUGAGGGCACUCGCAGUGAGUCCAUGCCCCUUCCUUAAAGGGAUAAUAACUGUUCGUUUGAGGCAAAAAAAGAAUUUUCCUGUAAUUUUCUCAUACUUACAAUGGUGAAUGAAUCUAUUUCUACAUUCAUAGUUAGUCCCUGUUUUUUUUUUUUUUUUUUCUAAAAAGUUUUUUUUUGUAAUGAUCUCUUAAGAGAUCAAUACUGAGUAUAGCCAUCUUUGGAGGUCAUGUGGCCGAUGACAAGCUCAGAUAUCAGAAUAAUAGCUGUAACUCCUGUUUGUGUGGUAAAACUGAAUAUACGUAUUACAUUUUAUUGAGUAGUUUACAAUGUUUUUAUUGUGAAAUAUAGAUUUCAUACGAAGAGUUAUUAUCCAUUUAACUUCUGAGGUUCUCCCUCUACUCCUCUCCCUUUAGCCUCCCUUCCCCUCCCCCCUCAAGAAAAAAUAAUGAGAGAAAGAAGACAAAACCAAGCCAUUCUUCCAUCCCUAUGACCUACAUGUACAUAUGACAAUAAAGUUGUGAUUAUGGCCCAUUUUACCUAUCAUAUCUCUGAUAAGUUUGUUGAUAGUUGUGAUAAUUGGCAGGGAGGUUUAUCUAUAACAAUGUACCAGUAUAAACUAGUACAGGCAGCUACACCAGUAGUGCAAAAGAGACAUACUAUGUAUAUUGUAAACUGACAGUUAUUUAUGCAUGUAGUUCUUGGUCUAUUUUUUUUUUCAAGUUAAAAGUGGUAUUGUACUUUAUAGGCAUGUAGGCCUAAUAAAAAGCACAAUGGCAAUGCGCAGUCAGUACAGUCAACAACAUAGGUGCAAUGUUUACUUUAAUGUGCAGUUUUUAAGAACAUUAUUUAAAUUUAAUAUGUAUAGAAUAAAAUAUACAUACCCCAUACUGGUAUAUUACAGCUACACUAACUUCCUGUUGAGAUAUCUCUUUCUAUACAAUUGUAUUUUUAUUGAAUUAUAUGUAUCUAUCAAUUAUUUUAUGUAUGCAUUCAUUUUCGCCUAAUUUUGAAUAAAUAUAAGUAUUAAAGCUAAGUGAUAAUAAACAUUACAAGUUUGGUUUUGAUUGCUACAGAUGAGAUUGUGAG